AUGUACAAAUUUUUCGUUGAAACGGAGCAGUAUCUGAAGUUGAUCAGCCAGCAGCCCGUCUAUGAAAAUGGUGCCGCGAUCGGCGAAGUCCUCUGUCAGAAGGCCCACGCGUUGCAGAAGCAUUUUGAGGAAUAUUUGCCUCAUGCACGCCUCUGCGGCGAGCAGUUGUUGGAUCUCGCUGACGAUAGACGUGCCCUGCUGCGUGGCAUCAGCCCGGGGAUUUCGAAAUUG